AUGCUUAAAUUAAAAAUGUUCAUACUAACAACACUCAUAUUCCUGUCAAUCAACUCAAAUAUUCUGAUAUUAAACACUCUGUGGAAAUCCAAACCCAUCUCUUUUCCAAAACUGAAGAUAGCAAGAUGUUUGAUAAAUAUAUACGAUUCAUCAUAUAUAAGAAAACUGCUUUUUGAUAGUAACAUUGGAGGAAAUCAAAAUUUGCAGCUUGGGUUAAACAGAAAGAAGAAAAAAGAUGAAACGGGGGUACCAAAGAAGUAUGAGAAAUAUACAGGACAAAGAGAUAAUAAAUUGGAAGUGAAGAAGACUCUCAAGGAUGUAUUCAAAAAGUCUUUCACCAUUAGAAGCAGAGAUGAUGAAACGAGAGGUUGGAGUAGUGCAGGAGGGACACGAAAAAAUGAGAAUCAAGUAGGAGCAAAAAUGGAGGACAAAAUUGAAACCCAAAUGGAGGACAAAAUGGAAACCCAAAUGGAGGACAAAAUGGAAACCCAAAUGGAGGACAAAAUGGAAACCCAAAUGGAGAACAAAAUUGAAACCCAAAGUGAAGACCAAAAUGACUUCGAACAAAAACAUGAAGACGAGCCACAUUUAUUUAAAAGAAAAAUUCCAUUUAUCCCCAAAUUUCCAAUAGAAUGUGAAGAUUUGGGAAGUAUGGAAAAUGUAAACAUAGAUGAACUAAUGAAACAGAUUGAUAUUUUGCGUCUGAUUUCAGUUAGUAAGAAAAAAGCUUGUGUUAUUUUUUUUAGUCAACUUAAAUAUAAAAAGAAAAUAUUUCGUGACAUGAUAAAUGAAAUUUGGGAAAGAUACAAAGAAACAGCAUUAAAAAUAAACGCACCAGAAGAAAUUCAAAUGGAGAUUUGGACAAAAUGUUAUGAUGAACUUAUGGAUGAUAUGGAAUAUAUGGAGAUAAUUUCUAAACAACAUUUUUAUCCAAUAUUUAAAAAAGAAAUAAUAAUGAGAAAAAGUUUUCUCGAUUUUGUAAAUCGUUUUAAUAUUUGGUGGGAUGCAAGUAUGAACAAAAAGAAAACCAUCUGGGAUGUCAUUUUGAAAGAGAAAAUUGAAAAUUAUAAAUUACAAAAACUUCCUGAGUAG